AUGGCUCCGCUAGUACCCAAGCAAUUAUCUACCAAGGAAGUUAUUAAAUUCCUUUCAGCAUACACGGCUUGUGAUGUUUCUGACGCUUUAAAUCAACAAGGUAUUGUGCAUGGCGGAUUGAUUCCCAAUUUAGUUAACCGAUCACCGGUAUUGAACCAAGCUUCUGCUGUCGGGAAAGCUUACACCGUUUUAUACGCCCUCAAGUCCGAUCCCAGACCCGCAGUAAAACAAUCAUAUAUUGAUGAAGUUCCUGAGGAUGCAAUUGUCGUUCUUGGAUUACCUUUGGAGUUGCAAUUGGCAACUGCCCCAUACCAGAGAGUGACUAAUGUCUUGUACGGAGGAUUAAUGUCGACGAGGGCACGAUAUAGAAAAGCCAAUGGUUCAGUUAUCUUGGGUAAUAUUAGGGACUUAGAUGAACAUAAUGAAUUGAAAUACCCUGUUUGGUCGUAUGGAGUAGGAACAACUGCCAAUGGACCUGUGGCUAAAGUAGUUGGUAUAAAUGUUCCAUUGGAGAUCAAAGUUACUAGUAGUGACCCCAAAAAAGAUGAAGAGAUAUUGAAGAUCAAUCCUGGUGAUUACAUCGUUGCUGAUAAGAACGGUGUUGUCAAGAUAGAAGAUAACGAAAAGUUGGGAGAAGUUUUAGACUACAUUCCAAAAAGAGUUGAGGCUGAUACAAACGUUAGUAAAGAUAUCAAGGACGGCAAACCUGCUGCUGAGUCGCAAAAGUAUUGGAGAGGGAAGAUUUGA